AUGUGCAGUUAUGGAGGCAAAAUCCACCACCGUCCUCACGACCGGCAACUGUCGUACAUCGGCGGCGACACCAAGAUCCUCACAGUCGAUCGCAACAUUAAUUUCUCCACCUUGCUCUCCAAAUUGAACGCUCUUUGCGAGUACAAUUCCGAAAUUCGAUUGAAGUAUAAGUUGCCUGGACAAGAUCUCGACGCUUUGGUUUCCAUUUUUGAUGAUGAAGACGUGGAUAAUAUGAUGUUCGAGUAUGAAUCUCCUCCGUCGCAUGUCGCCUACACCGCCUCGGCUACGUCUGUUCGUUUUUUUCGCGGUUGCGCCGCCGACGCCGGUCACAGCGAGAUCAGUGUGAAUCCGGAUUUUUUGUUCGGUUUCGAUAAGGAAUAUUCGCUUAAUUAUUCAGCGCCGUGUGAAAAAUUCUGA